AUGGCGACGGCUAGGUCUACACGCAGAUGGCAUUCUGAAUGUCUAAUCGUGGCUGCUGAGAAUGGGGAUCUCCAAAAGCUUGAAGAUCUUGUUCGUAGAGGCGCUGAUGUUAACUCGCGCGGUUGGAAUGGGAACACAGCUUUGAUCCAGGCUAUAGAGUCCAACGUGGAUGAAGAAAUUGUUCGUUUUCUACUGGAACAGGGCGCCAAUACCAACGCACAAAACUCGGAUGGGAAGACACCUUUACAUCAGGCGGCAUUACAUGGUAACGAGUGUUUUGUUCGUAUUUUGCUGGAGCAUGGGGCCAACGUCAACGUACAGAAUACAGCAGGACAAACACCUUUACACCGGUCGGCAUCAUGUGGUAGCAUGGAUCUUCUACGUCAACUGGUAGAGAAGAGCAAUGAUAUAAACCUACAGGAUCAGGAUGGGAAGACACCUUUACAUCAGGCGGCAUUACAUGGUAACGAGUGUUUUGUUCGUAUUUUGCUGGAGCAUGGCGCCAAGGUCAACGUACAGAAUACAAGAAGACAAACACCUUUACACCUGGUAACGUCACGUGGUAGCAUGGAUCUUCUACGUCUACUUGUACAGAAGGGCAAUGAUAUAAACGUACAGGAUCAGGAUGGGAAGACACCUUUACAUCAGGCGGCAUUCAAUGGUAACGAGUGUUUUGUUCGUAUUUUCCUAGAGCAUGGCGCCAAAGUCAACGUACAGAAUACAAGAAGACAAACACCUUUACACCUGGUAACGUCACAUGUUAGCAUGGAUAUUCUACGUCUGCUUGUACAGAAGGGCAAUGAUAUAAACGUACAGGAUGAGGAUGGGAAGACACCUUUACAUCAGGCGGCAUUACGUGGUAACGAGUGUUUUGUUCGUAUUUUGCUGGAGCAUGGGGCCAACGUCAACGUACAGAAUACAAGAAGACAAACACCUUUACACCUGGUAACGUCACAUGUUAGCAUGGAUAUUCUACGUCUGCUUGUACAGAAGGGCGAUGAUAUAAACGUACAGGAUGAGGAUGGGAAGACACCUUUACAUCAGGCGGCAUUACGUGGUAACGAGUGUUUUGUUCGUAUUUUGCUGGAGCAUGGGGCCAACGUCAACGUACAGAAUACAGCAGGACAAACACCUUUACACCUGGUAACGUCACAUGGUAGCAUGGAUAUUCUACGUCUACUUGUACAGAAGCGCGCUGAUAUAAACGUACAGGAUGAGGAUGGGAAGACACCUUUACAUCAGGCGGCAUUACGUGGUAACAAGUGUUUUGUUCGUAUUUUCCUGGAGCAUGGCGCCAACGUCAACGUACAGAAUACAGCAGGACAAACACCUUUACACCUGGUAACGUCACAUCUUAGCAUGGAUAUUCUACGUCUACUUGUACAGAAGGGCGCUGAUAUAAACGUACAGGAUGAGAGAGGACAAACCGCUUUUCAGCUGGCAUUGUCACGUAGUAAGCUAGACGUCCUUCCUCUUCUGGUAGAGAGGAGCAAUGAUGUCAACGUUCAGACUCGGAAAGGACAAACAGCUUUAAACGUUGCAGCAUCAUGUGGUGCCAUGGAUCUUCUAGGUCUACUGGUAGAGAAGAGCGCUGAUAUAAACGCACAGGGUCGGGAUGGGGAGACACCUUUACAUGAGGCGGCAUUACAUGGUAACGAGUGCUUUGUUCGCAUUUUGCUGGAGCAGGGCGCCAACGUCAACAUAAAGAAUAGAACAGGACAAACAGCUUUACAUCUGGGUGCGUCACGUGGUGGGAUAGAUCUUCUACGUCUACUGGUAGAGAAGACCGAUGAUAUAAACGUACAGGAUGAGGAUGGGAAGACACCUUUACAUGAGGCGGCAUUACAUGGUAAUGAGUGCUUUGUUCGCAUUUUGCUGGAGCAGGGCGCCAACGUCAACAUACAGAAUAGAAGAAGACAAACAGCUUUACACCUGGGUGCGAUACGUGGUGGAAUGGAUCUUCUACGUCUACUGGUAGAGAAGACCGAUGAUAUAAACGUACUGGAUCGGGAUGGGAAGACACCUUUACAUGAGGCGGCAUUACAUGGUAACGAGUGCUUUGUUCGCAUUUUGCUGGAGCAGGGCGCCAACGUCAACAUACAGAAUAGAAGAAGACAAACAGCUUUACACCUGGGUGCGAUACGUGGUGGAAUGGAUCUUCUACGUCUACUGGUAGAGAAGACCGAUGAUAUAAACGUACUGGAUCGGGCUGGGCAGACACUUUUACUUGAGGCGGCAUUUUAUGGUAACGAGUGUUUUGUUCGUAUUUUGCUGGAGCUGGGAGCCAAUGUCAACGUACAAAAUAGAAGAGGACUAACCGCUUUUCAGCUGGCAUUGUCACGUAGUAAGCUAGACGUCCUUCCUCUUCUGGUAGAGAGGAGCAAUGAUGUCAACUUUCAGACUCGGAAAGGACAAACAGCUUUGCACCUGGCAGCGUCACGUGGUAGAAUGGAUCUUCUACGUCUACUUGGAGAGAAGAGCGCUGAUAUAAACGUACAGGAUGAGGAUGGGGAGACACCUUUACAUGAGGCGGCAUUACAUGGUAACGAGUGUUUUGUUCGUAUUUUGCUGGAGCAGGGCGCCAACAUCAACAUACAGAAUACAGCUGGGAUGACACCUUUACAUAAGGCGGCAUUACAUGGUAACGAGUGCUUUGUUCGCAUUUUGCUGGAGCAGGGCGCCAACGUCAACAUACAGAAUAGAAAAGGACAAACGGCUUUACACCUGGGUACGUCAAGUGAUGGAAUGGAUUUUCUACAUCGACUGGUAGAGAUGAGCGCUGAUAUAAACGUACAGGAUGAGGCUGGGAUGACACCUUUACAUAAGGCGGCAUACCACGGUAACGAGUGCUUUGUUCGCAUUUUGCUGGAGCAGGGCGCCAACGUCAACAUACAGAAUAGAACAGGACAAACAGCUUUACACCUAGUUGCGCAACGUGGUGGAAUGGAUAUUCUACGUCGACUGGCAGAGAUGAGCGCUGAUAUAAACGUACAGGAUGAGGCUGGGAUGACACCUUUACAUGAGGCGGCAAUACAUGGUAACGAGUGCUUUGUUCGCAUUUUGCUGGAGCAGGGCGCCAACGUCAACAUACAGAAUAGAACAGGACAAACAGCUUUACACCUAGUUGCGCAACGUGGUGGAAUGGAUAUUCUACGUCGACUGGUAGAGAUGAGCGCUGAUAUAAACGUACAGGAUGAGGCUGGGAUGACACCUUUACAUGAGGCGGCAAUACAUGGUAACGAGUGCUUUGUUCGCAUUUUGCUGGAGCAGGGCGCCAACGUCAACAUACAGAAUAGAACAGGACAAACAGCUUUACACCUGCGUGCGUCACGUGGUGGAAUGUAUCUUCUACGUCGACUGGUAGAGAAUAGUGCUGAUAUAAACGUACAGGAUGAGGAUGCGAUGACACCUUUACAUAAGGCGGCAUUACAUGGUAACGGGUACUUUGUUCGCAUUUUGCUGGAGCAUGAAGCCAACGUCAACAUACAGAAUAGAACAGGACAAACAGCUUUACACCUGGCUGCGUCACAUGGUAGAAUGUAUCUUCUACGUCGACUGGUAGAGAACAGCUCUGAUAUAGACGUACAGGAUGAGGAUGGGAAGACACCUUUACAUGAGGCGGCAUUACAUGGUAACAGGUGCUUUGUUCGCAUUUUGUUAGAGCAUGGCGCCAACGUCAACAUACAGAAUAAAACAGGACAAACAGCUUUACACCUGGGUGCGUCACAUGGUAGAAUGUAUCUUUUACGUCGACUGGUAGAGACGAGUGCUGAUAUAGACGUACAGGAUGAGGAUGGGAAGACACCUUUACAUGAGGCGGCAUUACAUGGUAACGGGUGGUUUGUUCGUAUUUUGCUGCAGCAAGGUGCCAACGUCCACGUACAGAAUAAAAGAGGACAAACCGCUUUGCAGCUGGCAAUGUCACGUGAUAACCUACACGUCCUUCGUCUUCUGGUAGAGCAGAGCAAUGAUGUCAACGUUCAGACUCUGAGAGGAAGAACAGCUUUACACCUGGCAGCGUCACGUGGUAGCAUGGAUCUUCUACGUCUACUGGUAGAGAAGAGUGCGAAUAUAAACGUACAGGAUAAGGAUGGGAAGACACCUUUAUAUGAGGCGGCAUUACAUGGUAACGAGUGUUUUGUUCGUAGUUUGCUGGAGCAGGGCGCCAACAUCAACAUACAGAAUACAGUGGAUCAGGGUGCUGAUGUUCACAUACAUAAUAGGUCUGGCAAGUGUGUUCUGCUUGAGGCAAUGAAAAUGAAGAAGACAUCACUUGUGGCCUAUCUUCUUAAAGAGGGAGCAGUGUUACCAACUUUAGCCCAGGUAUGUCAGUUUAUGAGAGAAAUGUGAGUGCUGAUGAAGAUAAAAGCAAGAAGGCUUUUUCAUCAUAUACAAUUUAUAGGCUUCGAAACAAACAAUACUGUAUGAGAUGUCAAUCAAAAUUAACGUUCUGGCUCAAUAAUUGCGCGACAAAUUUCCAACACAACGUUUGACAUAAAAGAACCCAAACGUUGAGCAAAUUAUAAGAAUCGGUCAACAGUUGUCAAUGAUCCCGAACAAAGCCACAAUAAAAUAUUAAACAGUUUGAAAUACCCUGAAAAUGAUGUUAACACUACUUCGCACGCUGUCGUUUUCUGCAAUUGCUAUCUUGUGAUCGUCCAGCGCUGAUUUGCAUAUACUUAUGCAAAAUAUAAUACCCUUAGAUGUCUAAUAACAUUAGAUGGAAUGAAUAAGGUAUAGUGGCAACCGUGCGACUGUGCUCCCCUUCCGUCUGUGCGAUCUUUGGAUCUGUGCAAUCGUUUGUUCUGGUUUCUGUGGGACUACAUUACUGUUGGGGAACCCAACACGGUUUAAAAGAUGUAUCCUUAGCACAGGUAAGCUAUUUUCGGAUGUUUUACAGAUAUUUGACUUUAUUUGUUUCCAAUAUGCUAAAAUGAAAUGUAACUAUAUGUAGUCAACUCCUCUUAAGACACUGUUGCCGACUUUAUGACACAACUACACAAUUACUCAUGUAUUAUCAUGACCCCCGCGUCUACAUCAUAUUA